UUAUCUUGAAUAAUAGCGCUGAUUGUUGCAGUGGUGUAUCUACCUACUCAGAUGUGUUGUUUCGCUUCGUGGUUAUAGUAUUUCUUUUCCUUUUCUUGGACGUCUACUGUUUAUUAAAUUCUUGUCUGCAGAAUUCGUUUUUCCUGCGAGUGAGAUAAUUUUUUUUUUUAAAUCUUGAGCCCAGCAAUGGCCCGCGUAAAUCUUCAUACGCUAUUAAUUGCUUCAUUCUUCUUGAUACAGACUGUUGAUUUUUCUACGUGUUCUCUCAAAACUUUUCGUUGCCAUAGCGGAGAAUAUAUAAGUUCUUCUUUGUUUUGUGAUGGAGCUAAAGAUUGUAAAGACGGAAGUGAUGAAGCAGCUGGGUGUCGCAGGGAUGCCGUUCAUGAAAAUCCGACUGAAAAAAAUCCCACCAACGGUGUGGUAAGGCCAGUAAAAGAAUUACAGACUAUACCUUUGAUGGAAGACGAAAAACAUGACGACGGAGAGGCGAACGAUGGCGAACCAGAAGAACCAGAAAUUGACGAAGCAGUAGAAUCUUAUUAUGAUACUGAGGCAGUCGAAGAGAAUCAACCCAUCAAGAUAUACGUCGAACCUAGGGAGACACCGUCCACAUCGAGCACUACUACACCCAGAAUACCAUAUUUACGUGGCAAGCCCGAGGAUGAUGAACACAAUAAUAAUAAUAAUGCAUCACAAACGAAAUCGAAUACCUCGACCAUAGAACCUCCGUCGACUGAGAUAAAUACUAACCAUGGUUUAAUGCGGAAAAAUUACUGCAUUGUUCUGUUUAUUCCAGCAUUGUCAUAUAUUUUUUUAAUGUAGAUUUCAACUGAUCCGAUGUUUCAAUAAAUAAUUUUUUUUUCAAAA